UAGUGACGCACGGUCUUGUACGUAAGGAAGGAAGGGGUAGCCUCUCUCCAAGAUGGCAGCGACCAUAGACAACAGCAAUGCCGUUCAGGCGACAAAGAGGAAGCACCUCGGGAUCCCUGAGGCCGUGUUUGUGGAGGAUGUCGACUCUUUUAUGAAGCAGCCAGGCAAUGAGACGGCAGAUGGAGCGCUUAGGAAGCUGGACGAACAGUACCAGAAAUAUAAAUACAUGGAGCUCAACCUGUCUCAGAAGAAACUCAGGUUGAAAAGCCAGAUCCCACAAAUCACACAGACGCUAGAAAUCCUACGACACAUGCAGAAGAAAAAGGGGACCACAGCGCCCAUGGAGACACACUUCUUAUUGGCUGACAACGUUUACUGCAAGGCCUCGGUGCCGCCUACCGACAAAGUCUGCCUAUGGUUAGGGGCCAACGUCAUGUUAGAGUACGACAUCGAUGAAGCCCAGGCUCUCCUAGAGAAGAACCUCUCCACGGCAUCUCGUAAUCUAGAGACACUCGAGGAUGAUCUGGAUUUCCUGCGAGACCAGUUCACCACCACCGAAGUCAACAUGGCACGGGUCUACAACUGGGACGUGAAGAGAAGGAGCCGAGAAAACCUCCUCAAAUCAGCAGACAAGUCUUAAUAUAGACAGGACGGCGUCAACACACCCUUCUGCUAACUAUCUUCUCAUUUAGUCAAUAAGAAACGAACCCCGUCCCCCCCUAAACCACGUGUAUGUUCACCCCAGAGCUCGGCAGAUCAAGAGGGCACGUUUGAAAUAUUUCAUGUUGCAGUGUGCUUGAUUUAACUCUUCAGAAUGAUUAAAUGAAACAUGCUUUAUCAUUUUAAAUAUGUCCUCUUUUGAAGUCGAGCUCAAACUCCCACCACUACUGUUUUCUGUUGAUUUGUUACUUUUUAAAGUAUUUUUUCAAGUAAAAACUAACAAAAAAAAAACAAAGGCAACGAGGCAAUUUUUGUAUUCUUUUGACUGAUUUCAGUGUGUUCCUGUUAUCGUUGGCAGGUUAUCGGGUGACGGUUCUCCCGCAUCGUCUUUUCUUUCCCUGCAUUUCUCUCUCGUUUUUCCUCACAUGUGGGACUUUUUACAAUUCUUUAAACACAUCCAGUUGCCAUUAAUACUCAGUAGAACCAGGCUUGUAGGAUGACAAAGAUCACAACAGAAGAAGAAGAAUACAGAAUAAAACUAGUUCUGCCUUGUGGCUCCAGUUUUCACUUCAGAGGGAUCAACUGUAGUCUCGCUCCCAACCUGCUGCUCCUCCUCUCAACUUCCAACACUCGACCAUCUCCUCCUCCUCUUCCUCCUCCUUCUUCUCCUUUUAGCCGCUGUUCUGUCUGUAUUUAUUUGUCUUUCACUGUAUUCAUUAAACAAUGAAUGAAGUAAAAGAAGAACAUUUGGGCAAAGAGACGAGACCUUGACCUGGUGAUCUGUGUCUUCAUUCUUCUGAUGAGAACUCACUUAAAAUAAACAGGUAAAACUGGGGGAUUUUUCUUUUUAAAGGUACAGUGACAGUCAAAAGUAUAUAAAAACAUUUAUUUACAGUAAUUACAGUUUAAAACAUGGGUCUCAAACUUGCGGGCCAAUUGUGAGUUUUAUAUUAAUGUCACUUAACCGUGUUGUAUGUGGAAGGUCCCUUUUUAAUUACUUUUUGUUUGGUAAUUUUGUCUUUUUAAAAUAAUUGUCUUUUUUUUAAGUAAUUGUCUCUUUUUUUGGUAAUUGUCUUUUUUUUUUUAGUCAUUUUGUGUCUUCAGUAAUUUAGUUUUUUUUUCUGUCAUUUGGUAAUUUUGACUUUUAAAAUAAUUGUCUUUUUUUAAAGUAAUUUUGUCUUUUUUUAUUUAUUUUUUAUAGUAAUUUUGUCUCUUUUUUUGGUCAUUUUGAUACUGCCUCCAGUGGCCCCCAGGUAAUUUGAGUUUGAGACCCCUGGUUUAAAAUGUACGAUAUGUAGGACCACAAAUGUCAUGCAAAUAAAUAUAAAGUAGGAAGAAAAUAAAUAGGUUUUGACAAGUGAAAGAAAACUAAUUAUACUUGGCUACAUCCACACUAAUAAAUUUAGUCAUUAAAUGCAUUACUUUUGCUAUGUUAACACCUAGCUCCAUGCCUCUUUUUUUUUUUUGACACCGAUAUGUUGACGGUCUUCAUUAAAUUAUAAUUAUUUUAAAUUAUUCCAUUUUCAUUCAAGUCUAAAUUCCUCAAAUGAUGGAUUUAUUGACUUUUUAUAUAUAUAAAUCUAAUUUGGCCUAAUAUUGAUUUGUAAGACUUCCAAAAUCAAUGAAUAAAAGGCUUUAUAACUGCAA